AUUUGUUUUCAAGAUGGCUACCAUGGAUGAUGAUGAGUUGUUGGAUGACGAACAGUUAGACAGUUUACUCAAUUUCCCACCUGAUAUACAAGAAAUAAUUGACCAGGUUCUCCCAAGUGAUGAUCCCCUAGACCGUGCUGACUUCAAUCCCAUAGAUUACAUCAACACACUGUUUCCAACUGAGCAGUCGAUAGUCAACAUUGAUGAUGUAGUUGGGAAAAUGCGAAUGAAAGUACGAAAGCUGGAUGAUGAGAUAAGAACAGUAGUGAGAGGGCAAACGAAUGCUGGGGAGGAUGGAAGGCUGGCUCUGGAAGAAGCACAGAGGGCAAUACAAGAACUCUUCUCUAAGAUUAAGGAAAUUAAAGAUAAGGCAGACAGAUCGGAAGAAAUGGUUAAAGAAAUAACUAGGGACAUCAAGCAACUAGAUCAUGCUAAAAGGAAUCUGACAAGCUCAAUUACAACAUUAAAUCAUCUGCACAUGUUAGUGGGAGGUGUAGAUUCACUUUCGACUAUGGUCAAGAGAAGACAAUAUGGGGAUGUAGCAAAUUUACUUCAAGGAAUUCAAAAUGUGUUGGAACACUUUCAAAAAUACAUGGAAAUUCCACAAAUAAAGCAACUAGCUGACAGAGUCAAAAUGAUUCAGUCACAGCUUGGAUCACAAAUUCGGGCUGAUUUUGAAGAGGCUUUUCAGGGAGCUGGAGCCAAGUAUGGACCUUCAAAUCAAAGACAGUUAAAAGAGGCGUGUCUUGUUGUUGACAUACUGGAUUCCAAAGUGAAAAAGGAUCUACUCACUUGGUUUGUGAAACUUCAGUUAUCAGAAUAUCUGGUCCUAUUUGGUGAAAAAGAAGAAAAUGCUUGGAUGGACAAAAUAGACAGAAGAUAUGCUUGGAUAAAGAGGACAUUAGUUGACUUUGAAGAAAAAUUUGGUCCCUUGUUCCCUGAAGUUUGGGAGGUGUCUGAGAGAAUAUGUAUUGAGUUCUGUAACAUUACAAGUUCAGAGCUUUCAAGGAUUAUGGGGAGAAGAGCACAUGAGAUUGAUGUCAAAUUGUUGCUCUUUGCAAUUCAAAGAACUACCAACUUUGAAGCAUUGAUAGCAAAAAGAUUCUCUGGUGUAACAUUAAACGAAACACAGAUUGCGAAGGUUUCUAGUCCCCUGACCAAGUCAUUGAAUCCAUUUGGAGUGUCUACAAACCCAUUUGAGACAGAAUCGGAUUGUGAAAUGAGUGCCUUUAAAGAAACAAAGGAACCUGUCAAGCAAGCUGGUUCUCCAUUUACAGGUAUUAUCUCCAGGUGCUUUGAACAACACCUCAAUAUUUACAUUGUUUCACAAGAUAAAAAUUUAGCUGAAUUGAUAAACAGAUUUUUGGAGGAUAUAAGGCAGCAUGGUACCCCAAGAAUGGAAACGGAAGAAAGUAGCAAUGUACUGCCCAGCUGUGCAGAUCUAUUUGUGUUCUACAAAAAGUGCAUGGUUCAAUGCUCGCAGCUAAGCACAGGCCAACCUAUGAUUGAUCUCACGAAGACAUUCCAAAAAUACCUCAGAGAAUAUGCUAAUAGAGUUCUUCUAAACAAUCUACCCAAAACCUCAAAUCAGAGUGGAGGAAUAAGCUCAGCAUCAGGUCUAAUACAGAGCAUCCUAAAGGAAGGGGAGGUGACAAAGUUUACAGAGGAGGAACAGUGUCGAACCUGUAGUAUUUUAUGUACAGCAGAAUACUGCAUGGAAACCAGUCAGCAACUGGAGGAGAAACUGAAAGAAAAAGUUGACACUGGCCUCUCUAAUCAGAUAGAUUUGAAUUCAGAGCAAGACACAUUUCAUAAUGUAAUAUCCAACUGUAUACAGUUGUUGGUACAAGAUCUGGAAACAGCCUGUGAUCCAGCACUUACUGCGAUGAGCAAGAUGUCAUGGUCAUCAGUUGAGUCAGUGGGAGAUCAGAGUGGUUACAUAUCUGCCAUCACUGGCCAUCUAAAACAAAACCUACCAGUCAUAAGGGACAAUCUAGCAUCUUCUCGAAAAUUCUUCACACAGUUUUGUCUGAAGUUUGUCAAUUCCUUUAUUCCCAAGUUCAUCAGUCAUCUUUUUAAAUGUAAAAAUAUUAGCACAGUGGCUGCAGAGCAGCUGCUUUUAGACACACACUCUCUCAAGACAAUUCUACUGGACUUGCCCUCUCUUGGUUCUCAAGUUGUUAGAAAAGCUCCUACCAGUUUUACGAAAAUAGUUGUGAAAGGUAUGACUAGAGCAGAACACAUUCUGAAGGUUGUGAUGUCACCACACGCAGACCAACACAGAUUUGUGGAGAGUUACUAUCGAAUGCUAAGUGAUUCAGACCUGAAUGAAUUCCAAAAAGUGCUCGAAAUGAAGGGAUUGCGUAGGAGUGAGCAGAGUAACAUUUUAGAAAUUUACCGUGCAAAAAUGCCAGUAUCAGCAGCAACAGGAGGAACACGUGGUGAAAUUAAUCAUGGAAGUCCAUUACAAACUCAGACUUCUGAACAAGAAUCUAGUAGAAUAAGGAAGUUAGAACGCCUAAUAAAGAAGAGAUUAUAAUCAUUCAGUAAAACACAGACUUUAUGUACCUCCAGGGCCAACAAAAAACUUUGUGACUUUAUGUGGUUGUUGGAAGAAUAAACGUCAAGAACCAACAAAAGUAGCAAUAAAGUCGACAGUUUAUAUUAUCUGUAGAUUCCACAGACCCAAAAUAUAUUUAUCAUUUCCACAAUUUAAUGUCUUGAUUCUGAAAUUCAUGCUAAGUAAUUUAAUGUCUGUGUGUUCUAAAAAUAGUGGGGGUAGGGGUGUAAAGCAAAUGUUGCACCUUGUAUGACAGACCACAAACCAAAUUAGAUUAUGUCAAAUCUGUUCAGGGAUCAGGUUAAUAUGUUCUUUGCAUUCUAAAUGAAAUUUAUGUUCUUCAUAAUGAAGUAUAUUCCUAUAAGUUAAAUUCCCAAGUAAACCAUAGUUCAGAAA